UUUUUAUUUAUUGAAUUUCUUAAGCACUAAUGUCAGGGUUUGAAAUAUGAAUUCCAAAGAAGCAUCUAGUUUUUAUGCACCAGCAUUACUUAGGCAUCGGCGAAAAUGACAAACUUUCCAUGAAAGAGCGCAUUGAAAAGACACUUGGAAGUGAUCCUCAGGAGGAAGUGAACAAUGAGGAGUCUUCGUCUUACCAAAAAGGGGAACAUACCCAUAAUUCAACAAUCGAAGGUAAUCCUCCUGCAGAAGGAAACUCAGAGCAGGAGGAGAAAUCUGACACAGAAGCUGGUAUUAUGGAUAGAGCAGAUGUCCUCUUUAAAUACAUCCUCAGAUCAUUCAGAAAACAUUACUGCAAAAGCUUUUAACGAUGUUACGCAGUACAGGAAAAGGAAAAGGAGAGUGACUCAGAAGCUUACCCUUCUUGGUGCCAUGAAAGAAUUCAAACAGAAAACCUUCCCCACAAGCACACUGCCUGACCUUGAGAUUUACUUGCUUUCACUUAUCACUCACAGGGUUUCACCUCGCAUCCCAAAAAGAAAGAAAUGGGCUAAAAUAAAAGAUCUAAUGAAAACGACCCUUUAUCAAUUCAAUAGAAAGAGACUGCAAACCUUUUUGUCUCACACUCAAUUUGCUUUCCUACUGCUGAAGUUUCUAGAGACACCAGACAUCUUGUCUACCCUUUCCAAAAGAUCUCAGCUAAUCAAGGACGAGAAGUGCAGGGAGACCCUUGUACACCACAUCAAUCUGCUGAAGGAAGAAUGCUCAACCAAAUUGAGCAACAGAUCCAACAAUUUUCUUGCCUAAAUCCAAGGCAGAAAGUAGGUGACCAUGGCUUGCAGAGCUGCUCUGCUCAUCAGAGACCUCUGCCAUUUUUCCCAGCCAAUUUUCCGGGUACAACACCUGUUUGCUUGGAGCCCAGAAGAGUGAACUCAGCACUGCUGAUUUCACCAAGGAGGCUCUUUUUCCAAAACAAGUGUAUUUUUCCUAACCCGUUUUCGGCCACCUACUCUAAAUUUACUCAAUAAGAAAAUUAGAGAAUACCUUAUGAGUCUGUGGGAAUUAGUCGCCUUGUAUCUUUUAGUGAGAUUCUGAUCUUAGGCUUCUUAAGUAAGAACAUACAAAUCUCUACCACUCAUGCAUUUCUUAGUCUCAGCUUUGUACAUUACUAUCACAAAAAUCAAUUUUUAGUGCUAAUCGAUCGAGAAUAGCCAUUUUAGGUCAUUUUUAGCUAUUAAUCGGUUUUGUUGCCCAUAGAAGAUCCUUGAGGAUACUUUAGGUUUAUUUCUGAAAUUUGAAUCCUAGAGAAAUUUCCCGAAGUAUAACCUAGCUUUUUAAUAAUAUAAUGCUUUCACAUAAAAUCUUCGGUAAAUAAUAACAUGAAUCUCUUUAACAUUAUGGGUUUGGGAAGAUUGGCCUAGCUCAAUCGGUUCAGUUUGGCUGAGAGACAUAAAGUGAAUCGAAGAAAUUUAUUUAUUCAUUAUCUAAGAUUUUUCGGCCUAAAUCCCAUUUUGGGCCCUAAUCAGCAAUGAGAAGGGCAUAUUCACCAAGCUAAGAGGUUUAAACAAAAAUGUGACUAGAAAAUCCUCCAUAACAGCCUAAUAAUGCUAAAUUUUGCCUCUAAUACUCAAUUGAAGGAGAUUAUGGUAAGACCAAAUCCUUUGAAAAUGCUACAUAUAAGAUCUCUUAUAGUUAUUUCAUAACAUAAAAUUCAUAUAGUAAUAUUUCCAUUU